AUGAGAGAAGACGAAAAGGUAGAUCCUUUAGAAGCUCAACUCGAAGCUCAACAAGAACUUGCUUCUCUUCAUCGCCAAUAUCGGUGCCUGUCCAAUGAUAAAAGGACUUACACGACCGAAACGCAAAACAUYAUCCGACGRCAAAAGGCGGCAAUUGAAAAGUUGCUUCGAGAAAAGAAAGARYURCUGACUUUGAGAAAUGUAGCUGGGCGGCUUUGGAAUAAGUGGUGCGACGAAAACAACUUAAAUGAACUGAAYAAACUGCUGGAUAAAGAGAAAUUAGUUCAAGGAGAAAUUGAAWUGGAGAAAGAGCUAAUUGAGAAAACUGAUGAGGCAGAAAAGAUCCUCGAAGAAAAGAUUAUUGAACGGCGAAGAUCAAUGAAAGUAAGUCCAAGUUUAUGCCAGACAAAGUAUAUUGCUACCCAGAAGCAAAUUCGAGUGAUGAACAAUAGGUUGGACAACGUAAGCAAAAAGUUUAACUCUGCAUUGGCUGGAAAUCAGAAAUUACGAGAAAAGAUUGAUGACGUCAUGAGGCAAAAAGAGCGAUUCAAGACGCUGUAUCUACGCUUGGAACAAAAACUGGCUGACGURAGGUUGGACAUUGAAACAGUCUCUGAAACUACAACAGCACACUUUAACGCUAGAGAUGAGGCGCAACACCGCAUGGCGUCCUUGCGUGAACGAGGAGACAGAGAACUAAACAUGUUCAAAAGCGAUAUCAAAGACUUUAUGAGAGCCAUUGAACAUGAUCGCAAACUGCAAGACUUCAUGAAUGCCAAAGGAAAGGACCGAACGACUAUUCUAAGAGACGAAAUCAUGGCGAGAGAGCUCAAAAAGCUGGGUAUUCACAUGGAUAGUUUGAGCCUGGAAKCUAAGAAAUAUGAAAAGGUUUUUGAGAAGAUCAAGGAAGCCACAGGUAUCUAUGAUACCGAUACACUUGUGUCGUCAUUCAUUGAAAAAGAGGAUACKAACUUUGCGCUGUUUAAUUACGUGAACGUCAUGAGCACUGACAUCGAAGGCUGUCAAGAUGAUAUUUUGUUCCUAAAAGAGGAAAUGUAUACGAUAAAGAAGGAAGGAAUAGAGAACGAUAUUCGACGAAAACAGAUUUUAAAAGAGCUCGAAUCGCAACUWGAAAGCGUAAAAUCGCGCUGGGCUGCAUUGAAYAAAGAGGMAAAUGGUGAGCGCCAUAUAUUAGAGCUAGYGAAGUCAAAAGUCGAGAAGCUCUUCAAGGCSAUCAAGUGYGAUCGYACGGCCAUAUCCGAGCUUCUUGGAGGAGGUACAAGUAUYGAUGACUACAAUGCCGUUCAAUAUUUAGGAAUCAUUGARCAAAARUGUAAUGAGCUUCUUCAAAUCAAAGCGCUACAUCGACUCAAAAAAUACGGGGAAGCUGACCCUAAAGAGGUGCAUGUUUUGGAAGGGCUUCUUCAAGGYGCAGGACCRCAACAAGCRCAMAAAGACUUGUCCAUAGUUCCACCCAACAUUGACGAAGAAACCGAUCUAAUGCUGCAAGCCUCCGAUAGCAAACCAUUGUCCAUGGAAGAAGUCCAGGUUCUUUUCACCCAAGCUGUACAGAGGGGAGGACUAAGCAGRGGAGCUGGGACUGGUGUGACAUCAAAGCCAGCCAAGAAAAAAACGACUGUUAAGACUUAAUUGUAAAAAUCUCAUGCCUAU